AUGGUGGAACUACUAAUUCACUACGGUGGAACUAUGCUGAAAGAAAACGACGACUACAAGUAUCUUGAUGAAUUGGGUCAUCGGACUGAUAUUUUAGCGGAAAUGAAGAAGGUAAACUAUGUGCUUGAAAACAUGAUGGAAGAUAUGCAUGAGCUUUGUUAUAUUGGGGAUGUUGGUGGUAUUAUUGAGGUAUUUUUAGAACAUGAGUGCUCAGAAGCAGUUCCUGGAGUGAUUCCUUACCUAGUUAGUAGUCAGCAUGAAGAUAAGGAUCGUGGUGAUGAGGAGACUGAAGGUGAGAAGUGUAAGAAAGUGUUGGUUGAAGAUGGUGAAGAGAAGGCACAAAAAGCAAGAGAAGCAGAAGAAAGUGAUGAAGACUACCGAGGAUAUAUGAGAGGGGAUGCAAAAUAUCCAGACACACCAGUUCCGUCAGAUGAAGAAUGGGAUGAGUGGGCUGAUAAAAAACGGUAA